UCCUUUUUGCAUCUCAUCGCACAUUCAUGAAAAGAAAAGAAAGCACACAACUUCUCCUUCCGCACUUUGUAUCUUAUCACUACGUUACUCGUAAAAAUGGAGCUGACAUCUUUCCAGGCCAUCCUCUUCAUCUUCCUCCUAUCUAUCUACCUGUACAUCUUCUUCCUCCGCCCGAAAUCCAAGAAAACCACCGCUCAUGGCUUCAGAAUCUACCCACUCGUCGGCACCCUCCCCGAUUUCCUCCGCAACCGCCACCGCUUCCUUGACUGGAGCACUGGUGUCCUCUCAGGCUGCCCCACCAACACCGCCGUAUUCCACCGCCCUGGAAAGGUCCACGGUGUCAUCACGGCUAACCCACAAAUAGUCGAACACAUGCUGAAAUCAAACUUUGAGAACUACCCUAAAGGCCCCCGUUUCAGAAUCCUUUUGACAGAUUUUCUUGGAAAAGGCAUCUUCAACACCGACGGCGAAUUGUGGAGAAUUCAGCGGAAAACAGCGAGUUACGAGUUCAACACGAAAUCGCUCCGGAAUUUCGUCAUGGAGAACGUGUACGUGGAGUUACAAACGCGGCUUAUUCCAAUUCUUGAGAGCGCGGCGAGGACUGACAGGGUUUUGGAUGUUCAGGACAUUCUUGAGAGGUUUGCUUUUGACAAUAUCUGUAAAGUCGCGUUUAAUGUUGAUCCGGGUUGUCUGGGAGGAGAUGGAACUGCCGGUGCGGAAUUCAUGCAAGCGUUUGAGGAUGCUGCAACACUUAGUUCAGGUAGAUUCAUGUAUGCUCUUCCAUCCUUAUUUGCAAUCAAGAAGUUUCUAAAUCUGGGGUCGGAGAAAAAGUUGCGAAAAUAUAUUGCUACAGUGCAUGAAUUUGCUGAUAAGAUAAUAAGAACGAGACUGGAAGAGAAAGCUGAGAAAAAAGAUGAAGACUUAUUAUCAAGAUUCAUAGCAAACAGUGAAAAUUCAGCUGAAUUUCUGAGAGAUAUUGUCAUUAGUUUCAUUUUAGCGGGGCGAGACACGACAUCGUCUGCCCUGUCUUGGUUCUUUUGGUUGCUGUCCUCAAGGCCAGAUGUGGAGGAAAGAAUUCUGAAAGAACUUGAAAAUAUUCGUCGACAAAAUGGGAAAUCCAUUGGUGAAAUCUAUAGUUUUGAUGAGCUUAGAGAAAUGCAUUAUCUCCACGCAGCAAUUUCAGAGGCCAUGAGACUUUAUCCACCAGUGCCAGUUGACACAAAGGCUUGUAAAGAAAAUGAUAUUUUGCCUGAUGGAACUGUAAUUGGCAAGGAUUGGUUCAUUUCAUACCACACAUUUGCCAUGGGGAGAAUGGAAAGCAUUUGGGGAGAAGAUUGUUGUGAGUUUAAGCCUGAGAGGUGGAUUGAAAAUGGAAUCUGCAAACAAGAAAGUCCUUUCAAGUAUCCGGUUUUUCAUGCCGGGCCGAGGAUGUGCCUUGGGAAGGAUAUGGCCUAUAUUCAGAUGAAAUCCAUUGCUGCCUCUGUUUUGGAAAGGUUUGGAAUGGAUGUGUUGCUGGAGAAUGGUAACCCCCCUGAGCCUUUGUUGUCUUUGACUCUAAGGAUGAAGGGUGGUUUACCUGUAAGAGUCAAGGAAAGAAUCAUCUGGGCAUAAACAUUACUACUUAAGUUAAUUCAUUAUAGGUUGUCUUGAUGUCAUAGGUUUUAUGAUGAAUCCUUGCUUUAGAUACUUUCAACUCUUUGUAUGCUUUUUCCCAGUGUAACUAUCAGAGCUUUCUGAAGUUUCUUGAUGAAGAGCAUAUGAUCAAGAUA